AUGGCUUGUCCUGACACCGUUACAACUAAGAAUCUGUCAGGAAAACUCAGACUCAAUAAAGCGCUGAGCAACGACAUUGAUGACACCUUGAAACUUCAGGGCGUUGGCUAUAUAAAGCGUACUGCUAUUGCCAACUUCACCCUUACACUGGAACCCACCCAAUUCACGGACGAUGACGGUGUGGAGCACGUUAAUGUUAAACAGACACUCUCGGGAGGCUUCAAAGCUCCUGCAGACAGUCUAGUUUUGAAUGGUCAGGAGGUUUCCAAGGAGGAUUCCCUCUUCGGGCAUCUGAUCGCCAAAAGUUGGCGUUCAAAGGUCGAGGAUCUUGAUAUUGAUUUCUUGAAGGAAGGUUGGUCAGAGGAUACCCUUGAGGAUGGCCUCAUUGCCGGUAUCGUGAAAAGUGACACCGCCAAGUCCGGGAGGGACUGGGUCAUAAAUGUGGUUUGGGGUUUUGUCAUCCUCGAAGGUGUCAGGAGAUUUGCCCGGCGCUUCAGAUUCACCACGAAGGAAAGGUCUGAACCGAUCGACGUCAAACUGUACUAUGACUAUGGUGGGUACCUCCCAUCCUCUCACUUCUAG